AUGACAUCUCCUGCGACCUACACGGUCAUGAAGGAUGCAGGUGCGCAGUGGCAACUUCUCACCGAGCAACUGCACGGCCUCGGCUACGGAUUUUCGGCCAACGCGCUAAAGCAUGCUUACGAUUGCGCUACGACAUCCUGGUGUCACCUACGCGGCCAUGAAGCCUACAGGUGA